UUUACCGGGAUUCAUCUUCUCCUUCUGUGUCUGGCUCCUGUGGUCUUGGCAGCAUUCUGCAGCGACUUCAGAGUUGGAGAUGAGGGUGGGCACCGGGGACGUGAGUUGUUUAUGCUCCGGUUUCCAUGGAGCUCCCCUGCGACGCGGCGCAUCUGUGACGUCGCGGUUGUGAGACGCGGAAGUGACUCGUGACGGCUGGCGGGCGGGUGCGCCGUGGAGCAGUUGUGAGGCCAUCCUGUUUCACGGUUCGGACAACAUCUAUUCCCUAUAAUGGACAGAACAGUCAUCAUUGUCUUCUGUUCCCUGCUCUUCCUUCAGUCCUAUGUGCAAGGCAUGUCCCCACUGGGGAGGAGACGCUGCCUGUGCAUGGGACGUGGUGUCAGUUCGGUUGAGAUGAAACAGGUGAAAAAGAUUGUAGUAUUUCCACCAAGUGCCAAGUGCGAGAAAAUGGAAGUUGUUGUUCACCUAAAGAAUGGAGCAGAAAAAUGUCUCAGUUCCUCCUCCAAACUAAUGAAGUCGAUUAUGACGAAAGUGAAGAAAUAGGUCUGAAAAGUCAACCACGAACUAAGCAGAGGACAAGAUGAAUGCAACAAAUACAACCUAUUACCACUUAUUCUCCAACACUAAUUUGGCAUUGUAGUUAAUAAUAGUUACAUGCAUGUUUUGUAGUCAUUUACUAAAACAAAUUCUGAUGUUAAAAACAUAAUCACUAUAAAAACACCAUAAUCAAUGUAUUAUAAUAAAUGUACCCAGCACAUCAAAAAGCAAUGCAAUAGGUAUGUACAUUUAUGAAUUUAGCAUCUAAUCUCCCUAAAAAUUCCUCACCAAGUAAGGUAAAAGAAAAUAAUAACAAUCAUGUAUCGAGUACUUAACUUAUUGAAAAG